AAUGAAAUUAGAUUAUCCGGAUAUUCGGAUCCAAGUAAUAACCUAAAAUGUGUGAACGUAAAAACGCAGAACAGAAUUUUGAAACUCGUGUUAACAACAACAAUGUCUCAGCCAAUUGUGCCUCCUUUUACUAAGGAAACUGCGAAUUUGAAGGUGAAGAAUGCGCAAAAUUUGUGGAAUACUAAGGAUCCGUAUAAGGUUGUUAAAGCUUAUACUAAGGAUUCUAUCUGGCGCAAUCGUGAUAAGUUCUUUACCGGGCACGAGUCGAUCAUUGAGUUCUUGAAAGACAAGUGGUCUAAAGAGUUGGAUUAUAAGUUGAGGAAAGAGUUGUUUUCAUGGACGGAUAAUAAGAUUGCGGUAGAGUUUUGGUAUGAGUAUCAUGAUGACCAGGGGCAAUGGUAUCGUACUUACGGUAUUGAACAUUGGACAUUUGAUGAACAAGGACUUAUGCAACGUCGAAACAUGAGCGCAAAUGAUAUUACUAUCAACGAUGAAGAGCGUUGGUUUAAAGAUGUUGAUGUGGAUGAUGUUGAUGUACCGAUUUAGUCAUGACUUUCGUAGUCAUCUUUCAUUACCAUAGUAUUUACUAUUGUUUAAGGAAAUAACAUUGUCGAUUUACAAAUACCUUUAUUUUCAAUUAAAUUAUUUGAAUGAUUGUAUUAUGUAUUAUUUCACAUGAUUUAUCUCUAGUCAAAUCAAAAAUAAAGUAUUUUAUCAGAUUUAAUAUUCUAGUCAAUAUAAUUUGUUUGGAAGCAGAGUAUUAUUGGAAUCAUCAAAUAUUACUAAAUUAUUCGUUUCUUGAUAAUCUGAAGAAUUUUUUUUAAUGAAAAUGAAUUAAUUUCAAUUGAUGUUUUUUCUUGAUAAUUUGAAGAUUUAUAAUGACAAAUGAAUUAAUUUCAAA